GAGCACCUAGACUUCCAAAGUUGACAGGUCCCUGCUGCCAGACACUUGUCUCUAGUCGCGCUUUCCCCAUUGAAUAUCCGCCACAUCACAACAUGGACAACACUACCACCAUGAACUCACAACCAUUCGACAAAGAGGAGCGCAAAGGUAGCGAGGCCAGCUUACCUUUGUCAACAUCGACCGCCUCUCGUGCUCCAACUAUGCGCGAAUUCCGACGCCCUUCGUCAGAUGACGAUGAGCCUGACUGGCCCCGAACAUGGCGCGCGUACGCCUGCUUGCUGGGGUGUUUCUUCCUCAUGUUCAACUCCUGGGGGCUGGUGAACGCAUACGGAACCUGGUCUUCGUACUAUGUCGGCCACUCCUUGCGCAAUGUCGAUCAACUAGAGUUGAACCUCAUUGGUAGCUCGCAAUGCUUCCUUGUCCUCCUUCUUUCCAACCCAGUCGGGCGACUCCUGGAUGCCGGCCACUACCGCAAGGUGAUCGGCUUCGGCACGGUCCUCGUACCUCUUGGUCUGUUCAUCCUCUCGGCCGUUCACCCUUCCAACGUCGAGGCUAUCGCAAGCUUUGGCCCGAUCUGGGCAACCCAGGGUCUUGUUGUUGGCCUGGGAAUGGCUCCAUUCUUUGUCUCCAGUUCACAAGUCGCUGCUACAUGGUUUCCUAAGCGCAGAGGACUUGCGGUAGGGUACGUUGCGUGCGGUGCCAGUAUUGCUGGUGUCAUCUACCCCACCAUGCUGCGCUACUUGAUUGAGGCAGUGGGCUUCAACGAUGCAGUCCGCUACGUUGCUACACUGACUGCAUUGACUUGCAUCUACUCCUUUAUCUUUGCUACACCGAACCCAGCUCAUGAGUUCCACAAGCCUGAGAGCUGGUCCAAAGUCCGUACCUGGUUUGACACAGACGCAUUUCACAAUAAGGCCUGGUGCUGGUUCACUGCCGCCGUGGCUUUCAUGUUCUUCGGUUUCUACCCUGUGUUCUUCAACCUUGAAGAGUGGGCAGCUGUCAUGGGUUUUGGUGCUCGCAGCGCAAACACCGUUGGAGAGCCAGAGCCACAGGUUGUUGAUAACAAGCCAUUGCAAACCUUCUGGCUCCUGACCAUUAUGAACGGAGCCUCUACAGUAGGCCGCCUCACCCUGGCUCAGUUCUCCGACAAAACCGGCCCGCUCAACAUGCACAUCGGCUCCCAGUUUGCAUGCUCCAUCCUCACUCUCGUCUUCUGGUCCUUGGCAAAAUCUGAGACAGAUGCCAUCGCUUUCUGCGUUGUCUUCGGUAUCUUCUCCGGCAUGGUUAUCGGACUGCCACCCGCGUCCGUUGCCAACAUCUUGAGCUGUACCUACACCACCCCCGAAACACAGGCUUUGGCUAAAAAAAAGCUUGGCCAUUGGGUCGGUAUGAUGUACAGCUGCGCUGCUAUUCCAGCUCUAGUUGGCCCCGUAGUGGCUGGGCACCUCGUCACCCAGUACAACACCUACAUCACCGUCCAGAUGUGGUCAGGUACCAAUCUCUUCCUGUCCUUCAUCUGCAUGAUGGUUGCUCGGUGGUAUCUCCCAUGCUUCGAUGGCGAGAGCUUUGCGCAUCACUUCUCUCGUAAGCAAGCAUCCACCAAAGAGAAGCUUCGACUGGGCAGCGAUGCUACUGCAGCCGGUAUGGUCACUCCUACCGCCAUGUCACAGGCACCCACUCGCGUUCCUAGCAGGAUGCCCUCCCGCGAAAAGCUUGAUCAGCCGGCGCAAUCACCGGAGCGCAUGGUUUAAAAGCAUGUUUGGUUUCUUUUCUUUGAUUCCCCCAAUUUUAGACGGCGUCUCUGUUCACAGCACACGAUUCCACAAACUUUUCAUUUACGAUCACGUUGAGGCCUGAGCGGGAGCGUAUGCAGUUCGAUUCUUUGUCACUUUAUGAAAGAACGUAGGCGCAUGGAG